AUGGUAGACCCGCUUUCCAUCGCAUCCGGCGUUGCGGGGCUUUUAUCGCUCGGCAUUCAAGUCACCCAGUCUCUGGUCGAUUUCUAUUCUGCAUUCAAGAACAAGACUGGUGAUAUAGCCAAAAUCACGCAGAGUUUGGAGAGCCUCCUGGCUAUUUUCAGGUCCCUUGAAGGUGCUCUCCAAGAUCACCAGCCUCAGACCGAUGCACUACUUCAAGAAAUCGAGAAAUCCACGCAAGGCUGCCAUAAUAUUAUCAAGGAGCUGCAGGCUGAGUGCCAGAAAUUUCGGAAAGCCUCAGCUGCAGGUUACACGGACCGUAUCAAAUUUUUCGGACGCCAGGCAACUUAUCCGUUCCGGAAAAGUACUCUACAAAAGCUUGAAGAAGAUAUUGAAGAGAUUCAGGAUCGCUUAUCUCUUGCGUUGAACGUGCUGCAGCUGAAGAACCAGAAUCAGGUUGACAACAGGAUUUCUGACCUCAAAUUACUUGUCGAACGCACAGCGGCGAUUCAGGUAUCGUCUACGAUCUGUGAAUGGCUUCAUGCCCCAGAUGCGGCAAUCGAUCAUCAUAUUAUAUCCCCUAAGCGGCACACGGGCACAGGGCUAUGGUUUAUCCAGAGUGGCAGCUUCCAGAAUUGGCUAGUGAAGCGCAACUCUUUCCUUUGGAUCAAUGGUUUUGCCGGAUCUGGGAAAUCAGUCCUAUGCUCGACGGCAAUUGAAUAUAUGCUCCGUGAGAAACACAAUCGGCAUAACGGUUCCGGUGUUACGCUUGGUGUUGGAUAUUUCUACUUUUCAUUCAAUGACGAGUCAAAGCAAGAUAUUUCCGGAAUGUUGCGUGCUUUAUUGGUACAGCUAUCGGCACAACUUCAGCAUGGUCAAGAGAGUUUGGAACAAAUGCACGCAUUGUACAAACCAAGUAGUCCUCCAGUGAAUGCGCUACUUGAUUGCCUUCGAAAAAUCAUAUCUCAGUCCAGCGAAACUUAUCUCUUGAUUGAUGCGUUAGACGAAUGUCCUCGUGAUAACAAGAGGGACAACGUCUUAAGUGCGAUAAAGGCGAUGCAGCAGUGGGGUUUGCCCGGUCUACACCUUUUAAUAACUAGCCGUGAUGAGAUUGACAUUCGUCAAUCAUUGGAAAUCUCCGGCGACCAAGAUAUCUCGAUGAAGAAUGUUGAGAUAGACAAGGACAUCGUCAGUUAUGUUUCCUAUCAGCUCAACAACGACCCAAAACUUCAGAAGUGGAAGGAGCGCCAUAGUGAGAUCCAAGAUAGAUUGACAGAAAAGGCACAGGGAGUAUUCAGAUACAUAGAGUGUCAGUUCCUGGCGCUUAAACGGGCUCGAAACCGGAAUCAGCUUGACGAAUGCUUAAUCUCUCUGCCCCGCGAUCUAGAUGGAACAUAUCAGCGAAUUCUAUGCAGCAUUGACGAAGAGCAUAUCGAAGACGUGCGGCGGUUUCUGACCGUUCUUUGUAUUUCCAAUCGACCACUCACUAUAAAGGAGCUGAUCCAUGCGCAUGCUGUGGAUCUGGAGGACCCACCGCGCCUUGACCACGGUCGAAUAUAUGAACAAGAAGAUGACCUUGUCGAAGUCUGUCGCGGUCUAAUAGAGCUCUCGGCGGUUGAGGACGACACAGGACUAGAGGUCCGAAUUGCUCGCAUAGCCCACUUCUCCGUCCAGGAGUAUCUCGAAUCAGAACGUGUUGUGAAAUCGGAAGCAGCGAAAUUCGCAAUUCGAAAAGAACAGGCCAACACAGAAAUGGCUCAGAUCCUCCUUGUGUACCUCUUAGAUCCAAUGCUCUCAGAAGGAGUAUUGGAUAUGGCGAAGCUCGAAGAGUUUCCUUUGGCGCAUUUUGCCGCUAUGCAAUGGUUUCAUCAUUAUGGCAGCCCUUCCCAAGGCCUAGUUCUGAGACUCUUUACGGGGAAGACAGAUUCUUUUAUAACAUGGGCACGCCUACACGAUUUAGAUCGUCCAUGGAACACAUCUGUGGACUUUAAGCGUGCAGUCGAGGAUAUACCGCUGCCUUUAUACUACAUAGCCCUUCUUGGGCUACAUGAUGUCUUAAGUCCCCUUCUGGCGAACCUAGGAAAUGAAGCAAGCAUAUCAGAUGCUGUUCAUGCGACGGGUGGAAAAUGGAACAACGCACUUCAAGCGGCCGCAUCUAAUGGACAUGAAAAGGUGGUAAAGAUUCUGCUCGACCGAGGCGCCGAGGUAAACCUUCGAGUGGGAAACACCAACCCAAUUCUCGACGCAUCGUCAAAAGGUCAUCUAAAUGUGGUGCAGGUUCUGAUCGAUUAUGGUGCCGACAUUAAUUGCCGAGGUGGGCGAGAUGGUAAUGCUCUUCUAAUGGCGUCGACUCACGGCCAUAAGGAAGUAGUGCACAUCCUCCUUGAUAAUGGUGCGGACGCCAAUGAUCCAGGUGAAAAAUACUGGCACGCGCUUGCAGCGGCCUCACGCAAAGGCCAUGAGAAGAUAGUGCAGGAUCUCCUUGAUCAUGGUGCUGAUAUAAACGCUAAAGAUGGACUAUAUGGCAGCAGCUGGGAUGCGCUCCAGGCCGCAGUGUUUGAAGGCCAUAGUAAGGUGGUUCAGAUCUUGCUUGAUCAUGGUGCCGACGUAAACCGUCAAACUGGACGAGAUGGGAACGCGCUCCAGGUUGCGUCCUCCAAAGGUCAUGAAGAGUUGGUGCGAUUACUGCUGGAUAACGGUGCUGGUGUGAACUCUCAAUGCGGACACUUUGGUAGCGCACUACAGGCCGCUGCAUUUAAGGGCCAUGAGAAAGUGGUACAUAUACUCCUUGACUAUGGCGCCGAUAUACAUAGUCGAGGUGGAGCAUAUACGAAUGCGCUUGUAGCAGCAGCCUUUUCAGGCCACGAGAAUAUACUGCAGAUGCUGAUAGAUCAAGGUGCUGAUAUACAUUUUGAAAGCGAGCUUUAUGGCGAUUCGCUCCAAGCAGCAGCAAAUGGAGGCCAAGAGGAUAUGGUUCAAAGCCUGCUUGAUCGAGGUGCUGAUGUGAAUGCACAAAGUGGAACAUUUGGCACUGCACUCCAGGCCGCGUCAUACAAUGGCUUUACGAAAAUAGUGCAGAAAUUGCUCAGCCACGGUGCUGAUCCGAAGGCUCAUGGAGGGACAUUUGGCACUGCACUCCAGGCCGCAUGCGUUAAAAACAGUGAGGAGAUAGUGCAGACCUUGCUUGAUCUAGGCGUUGAUAUAAAUGUUUCAGGUCUGAAUGGUGGGACCGCGCUCGACGUUGCAUCAUCUUACGGCCAUGAAAACUUGGUACAGAUGCUGCUUGAUAAAGGUGCCGACGUAAAUGCGCAAGGUGGGGUAUACGGCAAUGCUCUUCAGUUCGCAUCCGCAUAUGGGCACGAGAAGGUGGUGCAUAUCCUUCUUGAUCGAGGUGCCGACGUCGAUGCCCAAGGUGGGCGACAUGGAACCGCACUACUGGCAGCCCUGGCUAAAGGCCAGAGAGCAGUGGUAGAGAUUCUGCUUGAUCGAGGUGCUGAUAUCGAGCCAAUCUCAUAG